AUGCUACCAGUUCUUUCUCAUCUUUCUCCCAAAUGGAAGAUAUGAGAGAUUCAAUUGCAAUGCUACGGAUUGUGAGGAUGGUUAUCAAGUUUCAUCCAUUAUUGACAAUAACCAGUCUUAUCUAUCGGGUAAUACUUUUGCAAGAUUGGAUUGAACAUGAGGUGAGCAACCAAUGGAAAGCUCUCAAGGUGUAUUUCCAAUCGACAAUGAGAUCUCUGCUAGAUCCUAUUAUUGAGAAGAUGAAGAAUCUAUCGGAAGCCCUUGAGAUGCAUCUCCACAAUGAAGCAGCAAAGGGUCAGCUAAAGGCCAAACUAGUCGUUUCAAGAGUUGGUUAGAUAAGCAUUGGUUGGAUUCGGAAGAAGAUCCUGGUACAAAUACCACAACUAAAAGUGCUAGUGUGUUUUUUAUUUUUUCAUCAGCUGCUGUAUAUUUUGCACAAAGUGUGUUCUUGUCUUCUAAUUUCAAAUCUCCCCUGUCCGACUAUAAAAAGUGGUCAAUUAA